CCGUGGCGCUGUGUAAAGCUGUUCACUCAUAGAGGAGCCUCCAGGCCGACCCAUUGGUUCGAGUCGAAAGCAGGAGACUAAUGGCUGAGACUGGAGCGGGUGCACGCAUCAUGGAAGGCCUCGGAAUGACUCCUGACGAGCUCAUGGCCCUGCUGUCCCAAAACAAGAGCGGCAACGAUACCGCGGAGCUACACCGACAGCUGGAGAGACGUCUACUCUCGUUUCUUGACCGAAGAGCCAUCGACACCGACACGCUAGCCGCACUGCUCGCUGCGUACACACUACUUAUCCUCACUGGUGCCACGGGCAACGGGCUGGUCUGCUUGGCGGUAGCACGGCGACCCAAGAUGCGCACGGCGCGCAAUUUGCUGAUUGUGAACCUAGCGGCCGCCGACCUUCUGCUCUGCCUCUUCACCAUGCCAUUCUCGCUGGUGGAAAUUGCGCUCAAGAUCUGGCCACUGGGUGGCACAACGUGCAAGUUGGUGGCUGGUCUGCAGGCCACCAGCGUUUUUGUUUCGACGCUGAGCAUCACGGCCAUCGCCAUCGACCGCUACCUUGUUAUUGUCUAUCCAACCAAGCAGCACUGGUGCUUCUCGGCGCUGGUCGGCAUGCCGCUCAUCUGGCUGCUGGCACUGCUUCUGUCCGUACCCAUGUUCAUGUACCGCGUGCUCGACCACAUCGAGCUGCCGGAUCCCGCGCGAGGCACAGUGGUGCACCUCGAGUACUGCGUAGAGCACUGGCCCGUCGAAGAGGGCCGCUUCUACUACUCCAUCUUCUCAAUCGUGUUCCAGUACUUCAUGCCCAUCACCACCGUGACUGUGGCCUACGCGAGUAUUUGCCGCCGCCUGCGCGUGCGACUCGUAGCCAAGGCUGGCCCGCUGAACCAGAGCGCACCCCGCCAACAGCACGACAAGCGCCGCAUGCACCGCACCAAUGUGCUCCUAGUGGCCAUUGCCGCCAUAUUCGCCGCGAGCUGGCUGCCGCUGCACAUCCUCAAUCUGGUGGCUGACUCGACGCCCAGCCUCACGGCAGACUCUCGCCUUUAUCGUGUCUACUUCGCCUGCUGCCACAUGGCCGGCAUGAGCUCGGCCUGUUCAAACCCUCUGCUCUACGGAUGGCUCAAUGACAAUUUCCGACGCGAGUUCCGGCGCAUUCUGUCCACAUGCUGUCCGCGGCUGCGAACUCGGCGUGCGUCGGCUACUGGGCCGCCUUCGGAGAGCAGGCCGCUCACGGGGCAGGCGCUCGUGCUGUUUCGCCGCCAACAGCGGCCUCACACCCAAGACACUUGCGUGGAAGCCGCUCCGCCGCAACCAGCCGAAGACCAGUACGAGACACUUGUCGUCCUCAGCCAGCCGUGAACUCGACAGAUGGCCAGUUACUAUCACCUACAAAAUUUUACAAAAGAAACUGUCUUCAUACUGCCUUCAAUAUUCUGGUACGGCUCACAGCUACCUUAUGAAAUGUCAGGACUUUUCAAAGCACACUAGAUGCCGUGAACUGAGCUGUACUUUUUUAUUAUUUAGUUCAAAUGCGUGUUUAGUUUAAACAGCAGCGCCCUACUUUACUAAGCUGUGGUGCACACUGCAAUGCGGCUGAGCUACUAUGGCUGCACUUGUGAAUAAUCGUGGUUAUUGAGUGUAUCUGUAACUGAAUGUGCUGCAUUGCGGAAAAAUUGUGGAAGCCGUAGGUAACUUCGAAAAAGGUAUCUUUUGGUACCGGCUACGUGGCAGCCAUAGGCUUGCGCAGGGUAUACCCCGCUCGAAGAGGCAAAGUUUCAUCGCAAAGCCUCUUCCCAUUUUGACCGAGUCUGGAAGAUGUGUGUCACACUAAAUGAAAAAAAAAAUGAAAAUUGGGUGAUAAUGUGCUUUCCACAACGGUCUGCUUUAGGCCCCUGGCUUUUAGGCACUAAAGAUUGAAUGUCAGCAGUUAUUGGAGUGCAACAAUGUCGUCUGAAAAGAGAACCUGUAUAGGUGUACCCUUAACGGGAAGUGUUCGACUGAGUGUUAUAAAACAAAUUUUCCCUCUUUUCCCACCCCUUCGUGUGCACGCCUGAGGAUACAUUUAUGACUCCGUCUCCUUUGCGUAGCUUGAAGGUCACACAGCAGCGACACCUUACUUUACAAUGAUGCGUUGGAGAAUCGUCAAUCUUUGUGUUAUAAAACACUAUCUUUGACUGUUGUCAUAUGAAUUUUAUGCUCAGAUUGUUUUCAGGGACUUCAUUUUUCGGAAGUAGACUCGCUGCUCAAUGCCAUCUUAAUUUGUUCAAUGCCCAUUUAAGUGCCACUGUUUUCGAUUUACAUGUUAAUGGCCCUUCCUACCAAUUUGCAUUCGUUGUCCAAGAGAAAAAACGGUUGUACAGCACUAGUAUCUGUUCCUUAUCGCUGAGUGACGAAUUACAAAGCGACAACAACACAUAUCUAGAGUAUCCAGUUUCUUCUAAGCUAUAGAUCCUGAAAAGUGGUCAUUGUUAAAAUGUUCAUCUGUAGUUUCAAGUCUGCGGACACUGUAUUAUCAAGUUCCUGGUGAAAUAAAGGGCCUGGGUAUUCUCGGUGUUGAAAACUUGCA